GCAGGGGGGUGCUUUAAGCACCCGGCAUGUUGGGGCUUUUGGGGUAAAAGCUAGUCUGACCUUGUUGUUCCUCUCUGGGAUCGAGUGGUGGGGCUGGAAGGGACUGUCCUGUCCUUGCUCCUGCCUUGGCUUCAUGGCCACCCUUCUGCUUGUGUUGGUGCUGGUAUGUGGGUGGCUGCAGGGAGCCUGCUUGGCUGCCUGGCCUAGCCUGGCUCCCCAUGCAGCUGUGUGAGGCUAAUGCUGGCCAACUGUGGCUGUGCAGAGCCACAGCUGGGGGUGUUUGGGGUGGGGAAAGUAACUUAGAACUGCCCACACCUGUGGUGGAUGGGUCGCAAGGGCGCAGCUGUGGUGGAACUAAAUGGCUGCCUUCAGUCUUCGAGUUAAAUAGUGAAGCAAUGCUCCAGGGGUGGGACAUGUUAUAUUAGCAUCCUUUUACAGCUUCUGAAAUGUCCUCUGGGAAGGCAAGAAGCUGCCUUGUCCCUAGGCAGUGCUGAUUCAGCCCAGGGAUUCCUCCUGAAAAGCUGUGCUGUGCUCUGGGAAAACCGCUUGCUUUCCUUCCCUUUCUUUCCAUUCUCAUUUCAGCUAUUUUUUGCCUGUCGAAAAAGUGCCUGAAGGGAGUGCUCACCUUCUCUGUAGAAGCUUGAAAGGCUGGGCUGGGGGUCUGUUUGCAACUUCUGUGCUGCUUCAGCUCUGCUCCCUGUUUCCGCAGCCCCUGUGAAGCGUGUGUGGAAGGUCUUGGACUCGGUUUUGCUGUGUGCACCACGGUGAAAGAGCCCUGUGCAGGGAGCCAUGGCAGGAGCUAUGGUGCGCAUUGGUGACCAGCUCAUCCUGGAAGAAGAUUACGAUGAGACGUACAUUCCCAGUGAGCAAGAAAUCCAGGAUUUUGCACGGGAGAUCGGGAUUGACCCUGAGAAGGAGCCAGAGCUGAUAUGGCUGGCCAGGGAAGGCAUCGUGGCCCCGUUACCACCCGAGUGGAAGCCCUGCCAAGAUAUCACUGGUGAUAUCUAUUACUUCAAUUUUGCUAACGGCCAGUCCACGUGGGACCACCCCUGCGAUGAUCGCUACAGAGAGCUCGUCAUUCUGGAGCGAGAGAAACUGCUGGCAUGUGGCAGCAUGAAAAAGAAAGACAAGAAGAAGAAGAAAGACAAGAAGGAGAAGCAGUCACUGAAGCGACCCACUUCCUCAGGCACCCUGCUAACACCCGUCCAGGUGCCCCUGGGGAACCUCGCUCCACUGCGUGGCCUUGCAGCAUCUCCGGCUGGCAUCCUUCGCGGGUCGGUGAACUCGGAUGUGGGGAGCUCGGUGGACUCCAGCCUUGUGGCCAAAGCGGGGACUCAGCCUGCAGAGACCUGUAAGCCCACAAGCCAGACCAAGAAGUUGCUGGGCUUGGUCUGUGAAGAGAAGAGUUCCUUGAACACAGCGGCUCCAGAUAAAGGGAGAAACGAAGAGGGAGAAAGCAAGAAUGAGAGUCUCCAUGGGACAGCAAGACUGUUCAAAAACCUGCAUGUGGAUGUCAGCGCCCUGGGAGGCAGCUUUGACUCUGAGGAAAACAGCAAAGCAGAGGAGGAAAACUGUGGCAGCCAGUUAGCUGAUGUUGCUGAAGCUGACCCUGAGCACCGAAGGAGUCCUGCAGAGGAGGCUGGCAGCCUGCGAGAGAAGGAGUCUUUAAAAUCACAACAUGCUGAAGAAGGGCAAGAGUCUUCCUUGGAUUCUGAUGCUGCGUGCCCUCCGACUCCAGUUCAAGUCCUUCCUGGAGAUGCUGACAGUAGCCUGUCUGGCCAGAACAAGGAGGAGUCCGAUGGGAAACUCACUGGGAAUGAACUACUGGGCAAGCAAGAUGCUGAAGUGGAAGGUGACAUCUCUGCAGCUGAUGAGCUGCUCCUGUCUCUGGGGGAAAGGAGCGCAGCAGGGACAGAUGUGCCCAGUGGUGCUGGGCAACCUAGAGUUGCAUCUCCAGCUGCUGAAGCUGCUGAGGCAGAUCAGCUGGCAAGUCUGGCUGCCACUGUUGACAACGUGUCUGUUGGUGAAAAGAUAGUGAACGAAAUGAGGGAAGAAGCAGCAGCUGAUCUGAAAACAGACAGCAGGCUGGAUGCUGGCAAACUUUCAAAGGCAUCCGAGACCAGCGACUGUGGGGAGGACUUGCAAGUCUCUGACCACUCAGACUGUGAGCUGAUUCGGCCUAUGGACUUGGGCUUCCAGAGUCGGCUUUCUGAGCAAGUACUGGAUGUGGGGGUUCUGUCUCCUGCUUUGGACAGCCCCAUGUGCAAGGCUCAGGAGCUGGGAGAAGAGGAAAAAGACCAAAGCAAAGCCAGUAUAGAGGAAGAGCAAAGCAAAAGAACAAAAGCUGCUGAGAGUGAGAGGGAUCAAAGUGCUUGUGAAAUGCCAGAAGAGAAGUGUUUUGCUUUAGAAAAUCCCGAUCGGGAGGAGGCUGUGGCCCAGGAGCCAGAGGAGGGAUCGCUGGAUAGCCUAAUCAAUUUGGAGGAGCUUGCUGUCCCACAGAAAGUGCAACCUGAGAAGGAAAUCAAACACGAGCAGUCGUUGAACCAGCCUAGUGAAGAAUCCUUGGAGGGAAUAGCCAAGGAGAUGGAGAUGGAGCUCGAGCAAGAGAAAAUGCAUUUGUUGCAAGCAAAGAAGGAGAAAAUUCAGCAAUUCCAGGAGGAGAUGAGGCAGCAGGAGGAGGAAGAAGCUGAGAAGCUUCAUCAGCAAAAAGAAAAAUCCCUCAGGACUCUGAAAGAAGAUUUGGCAAAGGUUUCUGAGGAGGAAGAGUUGCGUGUCCGAAAGGAAGAAACUGAGAGACUUGCAAAGCUGCGAGCCAAAAUCACCUCGGAGACCGAGGCAGAGGAGGAGAAGAUAAGGGCAGAGCAAGAGGUCAUGCUGCAGAAACUACGAGAGGAGUGGGAAUCCCAGCAGGUAAUGGAGAAGCAGAGCCUGGAGAGGAAGCAGCAGCUUGUUUUGGAGAAAAUGAAGCUGGAAAUGGAGGAAGCUCAGCAGAAAGAGAUGACUGAGCUGGAACAAGAGAAGGAACAAUUCCUGAGUGAGCUCAAGGAGAGAUUAGACAGGGAAAAGAAGAAGGCAGUAGAAGAGCUAGAGAAACAGUUUGCAACUGAACUCCAGCAGCUGAAAUCUGCAGCAGAAGAGAAGCAUCAUAAGGUCAUUUCCAGCCUGCAAACCCAGAUAGCAGAGGCACAGAGGAACAAGGAGGCUCAGCUGCGUGAAGACUUGCAGAGAGCAGAGCAGAAAGUGCAGCAAAAAGCAUAUCACGUAACAGAAUACGAACGCGAGCUCAGCGAGCUUAUGAGAGAGAAACGCCACGAAGUGGAAAAAGACCAUGAGAGGAAAAUGGAGAGGAUGAAGGAGGAGCACCAGGAGGUCCUAGCACGGUUUCAGGAUCAGUAUGAGGAGGAGGAGAGAAAGCAAAGAGCAGAGCUGUUUGAAGGCCUCAGAAGUGAGAUGGUACGCCUCCGACACCUUCAUGAAGCUGAGGUGAAAGCUCUGCAGGCGGAGCUGGAUGAGCGGCUUACUGCACUGCAGCACAGGCACAGGGAGAAGGAAAGAAAACUCCAGGAUUCAGAAAAUGAGCUUGAAAUGCGCACAAAGAACUUCAAAGCCAGAUCAUUGCAGCUCCUUAGCCAGGAGGAGUCUCUGAGAAAGAAAAGGCAGCAGCUGCUGGAUGAAGACAGACGGACUGAGCUAGAAAGAGGUGAAGCUGCUUUAGCUUCUCAGCUCCGCCUGGAGGAGAACAGGAAGGAGCAUGCCAGCCUCCUUGAGUCCAUCUGGCAACUGCGUAGGUCUCUUGAAGAACUCCAGGACCAGAAAGCUGAGCUGGAGGCCCAGGUGGACUUGUUGCAGACCCGAAGCCAGAGGCUGCAAAAACGCAUCAGUGAGCUGGAAGCAGCUGUCAGGAGCAAACAGGAGACUUUGAAAGAACUGGAGGCAGAAGGAAGUGUACAAUCUCCAAGAAGGAAAGCUGGGCUCCAUGUUGAAGACCUGAGAGAAACUAUUCAAGCUCACUCGUCCAGAGAGCCUGCUUCCCCACGCUCUCUAAGCCAUGAGGACAGUGACUUCCAGUUUGACCACGUCAGGAGCUACAUCUCUGCGGAAGGGAUCUCCAUCAGGAACGCCAAGGAGUUCCUGGUGCGCCAGACCCGCUCCAUGAGGAAGAGGCACAUGGCACUGAAAGCUGCAAAGCAGCAGUGGCGCCAAGAUAUGCAGAAAGCCCAGGAGGUGGUGCAGGAUCCUGACAGCUCCCAGCUCCUGGAGGGGGUGCGCAAGAACCUGGAAGAGGAAGCAAAGCAGUUGGACAUGAUGAAGUCGGCUAUGCGUAAAGGACAGGUGCUGCUGAAGAAGAAGGAAGAGAAACUAAGCCAGCUGGAGUCCUCGCUGCUGGAGGAGCUUUCAGAUGAAGAUACGCUGAAGAGUGCUGCAUGCAAGAAGGUGGUGACUUUUGAUCUCAGCAACUCUGAGGACACAAACAGCACAUCCAGUGUAAAUCUACGUCAGCCUAAAUCUGAUUUGACAACUGAUUUACGGCCUGCCCCCCAGCUGGACAAGAUCCAAUACUUGACAGACUCUCUGCAACGUAUCACUAGCGAGCUGAACGGGGUCCUCGGCAUCUUGGGCUCUCCGAACAAUCGCCAGUCUCCACUCUUCACCUCGAUGCCCUGCGACAGUGUCCCUCUGUCUACCUAUGCCUCCUUGGCAGGACUUCAGGCAGGUGGUUCCCUGGCACCCCCCGCCGGGGUGUCACUGGUGGACCAGUGGGCCUGGAGCACUGGGCUGAGCUCUAGCUGCUCUUUCACAGCUGGACAGUCAGUGGACAGCAUGCUGGCAGAGAAAUGGCACAAGUAUUUCCCAGGUGGGUUCCCGUUGCUCAGUGGAAGUUCCAGGCCUCUUGACAACAAGCUGGGAUACGUACCUGCAAACGAGCAAAUACAGCUGUUCCAGCACUCCCAGUUCCAGAGCCAUGAGUCAGACAAGAUGAGUAUUCAAGGAAUGAUUGAGACCAACAAGAAAUGGCUAGAAGAUUUCAAGAGAGAUUCAAAAGUACCUCUCUUCCCAGGUGCGCAGAAGCCCCCUGCCAGCAGCCCCAACCUACUUCAGCUAGGACUGGAUGAAAACAGACAAAUUAAAGUGUACCAUUACUAAAAGGUGGGACUGAAGAGAUGGCGGUGGGGGCCCAUGCAGUCUCCCUAGUGAUGCGUUGGGUUUCAGUGAUGCCCAGCCAUCUCAGCUGCGUCUUUGUGCUGUGCCCUUGAAAUAAAGUCUCUUUACAAGCGAGUGGAGGAAGGAAGAAAUGAACUUCCCAGGUGGAUUCUUCUAAUCCCGUAAUGUGUCCAAAUAUACUUUAUAGACUGUUUAAUCCAGUGGUGAAAUAUCAGGGCUUCAAUAAAUCAACAGUUCUCUCAUUAGUAUUCUAGCAAUCGUGAGCCAGAGCUGUGAAUCAUGGAGGACUUUGAGUAACUGGUCAAGGGGGAGGAUGCGAAUCCAGCUGAGACUCUGCUAGAGGAAAUGUGUCAGGAAAUGAGCCCACACUGAUGCCCAGCCAAUGCUUAAUUGCAGGUGGGCCAAGUCAUCUGGCCUCUGGCAUGUGUGGCAACAGGGGAGAAUGAACAGCAAAAUGGCUGUAGAGCAUGGGGACAGGCUCGGGGAAUGGCAGAUUCUGACUCUUGGGAAAUGUUCCUCUCUUUUGGAGUGGAAGCAAUAGGAGCUAAGCCAGGAGUGGCUUUUCAUGGCAGAUUUGGAAAAGAGCUCCCUGCUUCCUCUUUCUGCCAUGCCAACUGGAGCUGUGCAACAUAGCUGCGCUAUGGGAGCUCUUCUCCUGCGUUACAAAUGUGCCAAUGGCAAUGCGGAGUGGGGAUGGCAAGAGAGUAUGGGGUGGUGUCUGCUGGUGCAGGUGCUGUGAAGGAACUUGGCCUAGUGUGAAUGUCGAGACAAAGCCCCACCUGCGUCCUUCCAUGCCCUGGGGAGAGGGAUCUGGAGCUCGGCUCAGCAGCUGGGGUCUCCUUCCACACAGCAGGGCUGGGGAGGCAGAUGGGAGCCCUUGGUGCCCAGCCUGGAGCCUGGUCUUGCUGCUCCUGCGGCAGCUCUGCUGGGCUCCUGGGAAAGCAGGUCUCAGGAGGUGGUGAAAUGGGCUCUGCAUGGCCAGAAACCUGGCUGAGGUGUCGGGAUGUUCUUGGACCUCAGCUGCAAGAUGGUGGCUCGUUGCUUUGCUCACCAGGUGGCUGCAGUGGUGUUCCUCUGCAGAGGCUGUAUCCAGAGCAUGUCACCACCCUGCUGGGGUGCAUGGAGCUGGAAGGGGGCGGAGGGUGCUGCUCUAACAGAUGGGGGGAAGUGGGACUCAGCUUUCAUACUGCUGAGUGGGAAAUGUGGUAUUUGGUUGUCUUUGUCAGUAUUUCCUCCAAGCUGACUUUAAAUAUUUUAUGCUUUAAAAAAAUGCUGAACCACUUGCCAUUUUGUCUGUGGAAGAAGCCUGUACUUCAAGGGAUCCCAUCUGUGAGAAAUCAUCUUCAAAGCCGUUCUCCAUAGAGACGGCUGAUGCAGGGAGGCUGGGAAAGCUGCUGCUCUGCACCCUUUCGUGCUGUUUGUGUUCCUCAGUGUGGCUAAUGAUGUGCAGCAGAGUAAAGCAGAACCCCCUCCUGCUAUGCUUCCCAGGUGUUGUGUACUGGCACAACACCGCAACAGCUCACGCUGUGAGUGUGGCAGGGGAAUGUUUACGUGCAAAUAGAAAUAUAUUUUUGAUGAACAUAAUUUUAAAACUCUUAAUGUCUGUAUAUAUUUUUUGCUGAUUUGCCUAGAAUUUUUUUAAUUACUUGGCCAGCCUUUGUCCUAGGACAGCUUGAUCCUCUGGUCAAGUCUGUGUUCUCCCACCUUCUGGUUGCUAACAAAGCACAGCGUAGUCCUUCUGCAGGCACUGCUGGAAGAGAAUGUCCCACUGGUGUCCUUGCUGAGAAAAUCCUAGCUAGCUCUUACCAGUGCUGGCUGAGUAGGGGGACCUCAGAUGCCCACCUAUUUUAGAAGGGACCCUAUGGUUCUGGGUUUCUUGUGGCAUGGGAAGGCUGUCAGCCUGGUGGAUGCUGUGCCCAAAGCCACAUGGCUGAGUCCAGUCUGUGUGUUCAGAGAAACGUGUAUUACUAGUGUGGAGAGAUGCCUGUUUUCAUAGCAAUAACCUGGUUUGAGACAUGCUCCUUUUUCCUGUUAAAACCUGUGAGAGCAGCUGUAUCUGGUGGUGUAUGCAAAUUAAAUCAACAUGAGCCUGUUUUGUA